UGGGCGGGAUCAGCCACCACCACUAUAAAUAGGGCUGGCGGCGAGCCGCCCAGCCAAACCGAAAGCUGAACCUCAGAGCGUGGAGGCGACGGCGUGGUCCAGGGUGGGGCCAGCGGCGCUGAGGAGGAGGUGUGGUGUGGGUGUCCUGUGCUGGGGAGCCCAGAUACAUGCACUCGAGGCCAAUGCAGCACCUGUAGGGCUCCAGCACAGCCAGGACGUGGACCACAACGCUGGGGCAGGCCAAUAAGGGCUCCCCAGCAGGCACUAGGUGAUGGCAGGAGCUCAGGUGGGGCUGCCAGGACCCUUCCAGGAGCCCCCUGUUGGGCCAUGCCCCGUCUCCGACUCUGACUCCGACUCCGAGGAUGCAGCCGUGGGCAGCGCAGGACCUGGUGCCGGGGUGCAGAACCCCUCCCAGGUCAUCCACAGUGGCCACUUCAUGGUGUCGUCCCCGCACAGCGACUCACUGCCCCGCCGGCGCCACCACCGCACCGAGCCCAAACCAUCUGAUCCCCGGAGCAUCGACCCGACCCUCACCCGUCUCUUCGAGUGCAUGAGCCUGGAGUACAGUGGGAAGCUGGUGUCUCCAAAGUGGAAGAAUUUCAAGGGACUGCGGCUGCCUUGCCGGGAUAAAAUUCGUCUCAACAACGCUAUCUGGAGAGCCUGGUACAUCCAGUAUGUGGAGCAGAGGAAGAAUCCUGUGUGCGGCUUCAUCACCCCGCUGGAGGGGUCGGAGGCUGAUGAGCACCGAAAACCAGAGGCUGUUGUGCUGGAGGGCAACUACUGGAAACGCCGCAUCGAGGUGGUGAUGAGGGAGUACCACAAGUGGAGAAUCUACUACAAGAAGCGGCUCCGAAAGUCCACCCGAGAGGGAGAGCUCUCCAGCCCAAAGCGGGAUGAGGAUGUCUGGAGGCCAACAGAGAAAUGGUGCAACCAGCUCUUCUGCAACGUGGUGCCCAUGCUGCUUGGGGAUGAGGAAGAGGAGCUGGGGGGUAGGCAGCACUUUGACUUGGACACCUUCCUCUCAGACAUCUCUGACACCCUCUUCACCAUGACACAGACGCCCAGCACCCACCAGGUGCCUCCUGAGGAUGCGUAUGUUGGGAAUGCUGAUAUGAUACAGCCGGACUUGGCACCCCUGCAGCCCAGCCUGGAUGAUAUGGAGAUCUCAGAUAUUUUCACCAGCCACCGUCCAUCACAGACACAAGCAGGCUACCAGGAGCCACCCUGCUUCGUGCCCAUGGCUGAGCCCCUGUUCGACGGUGGGGGGUCCCUGAUGGGUGCACAGGGGCUGCCUGCCAGCACCGAGGCCCCACUCCCACCCGGCACCCUCCUCCAGGUGAGCGGGACCCCGGCCCAUGGCGCGCGGCUGCCGGUGCCCCAGCCACCCCCACUGACCCUCCCAUGUCUCCCGCAGCCCAGCAGUGCCUCCCAGCUCGGCCUCCACGGUGCCUUCCUGGCCCCCGAGCUCCCCCCAGCCCCUCUGCCCCCUGAGUCCCCCUCCAUGGCCCCUGGCAGCCUCAGUCCCCAGCUCCGACACAAGCCCCUGCUGCAGUAUGGCCUCCCCAGCAAGUGCCUCAGCCUGGAGCCACCGGGACACCCCUACGUCCCCCGUGUCCCGUCCCCUAGGGUGCCGCUGCUGGGUCCGGACCCCCCAUUCUCUCCUGCCUCAGCCCCCUGCUCCAAGUUCCCCUACGCUGGCUCGCCCAGCCCCUCGCUCCUCUCCCACCCUGCCUCCCCCCUCUCGACGCCCUACUUGGCUCCCCACACCCCGGGGCUGGGCUAUGCUGCUGGCAUGGUGCCCCCAGGGUACCCCGGCCCGGCCGCCCCCCAGCUCCUGCCCCCCGCCCUGCUGGGCGACCCCAGGUUUGCCCCCCCCAAGGGGCUGCCCCAGGGCGGGGGCGGGCAGCCGAAGGCGAAGCCCAGUGGGACCAAGACGAAGAGGCUGCUGGGACCCCCCGCACAGCCCCGGCUGGCUGUGCCCAAUCCCUGCCUGAGCCAGCUGCUGACCACAGCCAAGCAGGAGCCAUCCCUCGAUGCCCCAAUGGGCGCAGGACUCAUGCCCGCAUCGCCAGUCGCCCCGCAGCAGAGCACUGUCACCGACGUUCCUGCCGCCUUCCUCUCCAGAAUGGCCCAGCUGAGUCCAGGGCUGGCUCCUGGCUCCAGCUCUUCGCAGGCAGUGCCAGUGCUGGUGCCAGUGCCGCUGGCAAGCACCCAGCCAGGUCCACUGCUGGUGCCCAAGGUGGAGAGGCUGUCCCCCACGUCAGCUUGCGGCAGCGACUGGUCCAAGCCCAGCCAGGCUUCCCUGGGACCCACUGUGGGGCUGAGCGCUGGCAUCUCCCUGCAUCACCCCAUGUCCCAUCGGGGCAGGCCUGAGUCCAGCAAGAUGGAGAGCCGCCGCAUCACGCACAUAUCCGCCGAGCAGAAGAGACGCUUCAACAUCAAGCUGGGCUUCGACACGCUGCACAGCCUGGUGAGCACACUGAGUGCCCAGCCCAGCAUCAAGGUCAGCAAGGCCACCACCUUGCAGAAGACAGCCGAGUACAUCUGCAAGCUGCAGCAAGAGCGAGCAGCCCUGCAGGACGAGGCACAGCGGCUGCGGGAGCAGAUCGAGGAGCUCAACGGCUCCAUCAACCUGUGCCAGGAGCAGCUGCCAGCCACGGGAGUGCCCAUCACACGCCAGCGCUUCGACCAGAUGCGCAGCAUGUUUGAUGAGUAUGUCCGCUCCUCCACGCUGCAGAACUGGAAAUUCUGGAUCUUCAGUAUCAUCAUCCGUCCUCUCUUUGAAUCAUUCAACGGCAUGGUCUCCACGGCCAGCAUGGAGAGCCUCACCCAGACAUCUCUCGCCUGGCUGGACCAGCACUGUUCCCUCCCAGUGCUUCGGCCAACCGUCCUGAGCUCCCUCCGGCAGCUGAGCAUUUCCACCUCCAUCCUGAGCGACCCAGACUGCAUCCCGGAGCAGGCAACGCGGGCAGUGGCGGGAAUGGGUCAUGGUGGUAGUUCCUCCUAGCUUUCCCAGCCUUGCCAAGUCCCUCGGUGCUGCCAGACACGUGCCCACCACUGCCAGCGAAGACCCCCCCCCAGUGGGGCCACAGGGCCAGCACAGCUGGGCUGCUGGAGCAUGGGGUGCCUGGCCAGUGGCAGCCUGAGGCCAUGGGGUUCCUCUCCCUCGGGCAGCGGCUCGGGGGUCCCUGCCUGCGCAUGGUCUGCACCCCAGGGCCUGCCAAGCCCCAGAGCAGCUGGCGCAGCAUGGGGCCCUGUCCGUCCUGGGCACUAGGAGUUGCUGGGUGGCGGGGCCUGGCUCUGUGGCCUGAUAAAGGACUUGC